CCUUGUCCCACUGUCUGGACAGUGCUGAUUGGCCCUGUGCUAAUCACAUGCACUCUCUCAAGAAAAAAAAAACUCUCUAGCAAGUUCUCUAUACACCAAACUGAGCAUGUGAAGCUUGCCCCUAAGGCUCUUUCUAUAAGGAGAUGAGUAAGAAGUAUGGUAAGAAGGAGAGGAUCAGAGAAGACAGGAUCAAACAUCCUUUUUUACACAAUGCAGAGAAUUAAUUCCUUAAGUUCCACAGUGAGUAUAACAAGCAUGAUUUAAUGCAUAUAAAGAUUCAUUUUACUGUUGUGGGUUUGAGU